AUGACGUACACGUAUAUUGGACCCGGAGAUGGCGAGCCCUAUGAAUCGGAUGGUGUCGUGAUUAUAGCUACUCCCAAAGAUACUCAGAAGUUCGAGAAUAUUUCGAGCAAUCCCAAGGUAUCGUUGCUGUUGCACGACUGGGUCACCGCUCGUAGUUUAGGAGCCGCCAAACAGGGCUCGACGACCACAACAGCAAAUUCAAUUACUACCGACCGAGCUGGCGACGGUCAACAUCUCAGCGGACUGGCGCAGUUUCUCCAGGAUUUGAACCAGUCGGAACUAUCGAGCAUCAGCGCUACAUUCAGCGGCCACGCAGUGAUUCUGGAACCAGGUUCCGAUAAAGAGAAGUUCUUCCGCGAUAAGCACAUGGCAGCACACACAGCCGACGCCCGCUGUUUCUUCCACGAUGCAGCCAUUGUCGCUGUCAAAGUGCAAACCGUGACGGUCGCUGACAGCCACAACCGGGUCACUCGUAACUCAGUGUCUUCAUAA